UCCAACGUCCCUCUUCCCUCCUCUGCGACUACUACGUCUUUGUUCUUCUUCCCCCGCCUUUCUUUCCUUUCUCUGCAUAAUUUUCUGUUUCAGUUUGCUAAAUUCUUGAUUUUCCACCUCUCUCUGCCUCUGCGUGAUUGAAGGUCACCAAGAACGCGGGGAAGGAUUCACGGUCCUUGUUUGAAUCUCUCUCGUUCGGAUUCUUGAUUUCUUUGAAGAUAUUUUCCGUUGUGAAUCGCAAGAAUCAUAGUUUGUCGAGUUAUGGACCAGCGGCGGUUUUUUAUUGGAGUUCUCUUCGUUUCUGGCAUCUUUGUUCCCGCAUUCGGCGAUCCUCCGGGAUUUCUUAGUAUAAUAUGCGGAGGUGAAGCCUUUGUGGAUCUCAGGAACAUCUCUUGGACGUCCGAUUCUGCUUACGUGGCGACCGGCAAUGCGACGGCUGUUCGUGUUGCGGAGCCGAACGUCCUGACGUCCUCUUCUAGUGUCCCACUGCGUUUCUUUCCGGACACGUCGGAUGAUCGGAAAUGCUACCGGAUUCCGCUGCAGAACUUGUCAGCCGAGCGGAUUCUGGUCAGGAGCCGGUUUUACUACAAGAACUAUGAUGGCUUGAGGAGGCCUCCCUAUUUCUUUGUUUCUCUGGGAACAGCUAAGGUUGCUACGGUGAAUCUCAGUCGCUCGGAUCCAUGGGAAGAAGAGUUCGUAUGGCCGGUGUUGAAGGACACCCUGCCUCUUUGCUUGCUUCCUAUUCCGGGCGGUGGAUUUCCUGUAAUCUCCUCCCUAGAAGUCCGCCCGCUCCCGCCAGGUGCUUACAAAGACGGUACGGGCAGCUUCUCAAACAAAACACUGAGGAAGAAAUUCAGGGUCAAUUGUGGAUCGGCCAAUCGCUCCGUAAGGUAUCCAUUAGACCAGUAUGACCGUAUAUGGGAUGGUGAUCAGGAUUUCUCCCCGUCACAUUUGGCUGCCGGUCUCGACAUCCAGUUGGGAUUCAACGUCUCAAGAGUUAAAGAAGCACCGCCACUUCGCGUGCUUCAGUCAGCAAGAGUUCUCGCUCGCAAGGAUAUUUUGAAUUAUACGUUUAUAAUUGAGAAGACAGCGGAUUACUACCUCAUCCUCUAUUUUGCUGGUAUAAUUCCUGUUUCAUCAUCGUUCAGUGUUUUGAUAAAUGGGAACGUCGUGAGGGCCAACUAUACUGUGGCUAGUUCAGAAGUGAGUGCUCUUUCUAUACAACGGAAAAGUAUAUCGAGCUUAACUGUCGAGCUUCGAAACAGCAGCUACUAUCCUCUUGUAAAUGCUAUUGAGAUUUAUGAAGUUGUUGAAAUCCCUCCAGAGUGCUCAUCAACUACCGUAUCUGCUCUUCAGAUUAUCUACGAGUCUAGUGGCUUAAAUUUGGGUUGGGGAGAUGAUCCGUGCUCUCCAACGGUGUGGAAACGUGUCGGAUGCCAAGGGAGUCUCCUUGUUUCGCUGGAUCUCUCUGAUAUAAACUUAAGAGUUAUCGGUCCUACAUUCUCUGAUUUGCUCGAUCUCCUCUCAUUAGAUUUGCAUAACGCUUCGCUUACUGGACAAGUAGAGAACCUGGGAAGUUUACAACAACUCGAGACCUUGAACCUGAGCUUCAAUGCGCUCACUUCCUUUGGCUCUGAGUUCUCCACAUUAUUUAACCUUCAGACUCUGGAUUUGCAAAACAACAGUUUAGAGGGGACCGUUCCAGAUAUACUGGGAAGUUUACAAAACCUUCACCUUUUGAAUUUGGAGAAUAAUAAGCUUCAUGGGCCAUUACCUCAGUCUUUGAACAAACAAAGUCUCUUAGUGAGAACAUCAGGAAAUGUGUGCCUUGGAUUUCGUCCUCUUACAUGUUCAACUGCUCCAACAAUUCCAACACCAGAGUUCACAGUUGUGAAGAUCAAAAAACAUCAUAAGCACAGCUGGAAAGCAAUUAUUAUUGGUUUAUUUUCUGGAGCAAUAAUUUCCUUGGUGAUCAUUGCCAUUUCAGCUUUCCUGUGCAGAAAAAGGAAAAAAUCUGAGAGUGCUAUUGGUUCAACUGCAGGUGCUCAAUAUCUGAAUUGGGAUGAAACAGUAACUUUCUCAUAUAACGAGAUUAAAACAGCAACAAACAACUUCAAAAAAACCCUAGGCCAUGGGAGUUUUGGAUCUGUCUACCUAGGAAAGCUUCCUGAUGGAAAACAAGUUGCAGUAAAAGUAAAAUAUGACCAGACACAACUUGGAUCAGAAUCCUUUUACAAUGAGGUUGCUCUUCUGUCUCAAGUUACCCAUCCCAAUCUUGUUUCAUUGGUAGGAGUUUGCCAUGAACAUAAGCAACAAAUUCUUGUUUAUGAAUAUGUACCUGGUGGAUCUCUUGCAGAUAACCUAUAUGGUUCAAACAGUAGGAGGAUAAGAUUGAAUUGGAUUCGAAGGUUGAAAAUUGCAGUUGAUGCUGCAAAAGGAUUGGAGUACCUGCACAACCAAAUGAACCCUAGAUUCAUACAUCGUGAUGUGAAAAGCAGCAACAUUCUUUUGGACCUUGAUAUGAAUGCAAAACUCUCUGAUUUUGGCCUUUCCAAGCAAGUAUGCCAGGGUGACUCGAGCCAUAUUUCUACUGGCGUGAAGGGAACUGCUGGAUACCUCGAUCCAGAAUAUUAUUCCACGCAGCAGUUGACUGAAAAGAGUGAUGUGUAUAGCUUUGGGGUCGUUCUUUUGGAGUUAAUCUGUGGAAGAGAACCUCUGAACCAUUCUGGUGCCCCGGACUCUUUUAAUUUGGUCUUAUGGGCAAAGCCUUACCUUCAGGCUGGCACUCUUGAGGUUGUCGACGAGAACUUGAAGGGCAGUUUCGAUCCACAGAGCAUGAAAUUAGUGGCUUUAGUUGCUAUAAGGUCUGUAGACAGUGAGGCAUCGCGAAGGCCCACAAUGGCAGAGGUGCUGGCUGACCUCAAAGAAGCUUACAGCAUCCAGCUUGCCUACAUUUCUGCUUCUGGGCAGUCUCCUUGAUAGCUUUCCUUCUUAGCUCACUAAAUUUUUCUUACCUUCUCUCUCUUUCCAAUUCGUCGAUGUUUUGAAAUGCUUGCUGCAGUGAGUGCAUCAUCAAAAGCAUAUGUAAUAUAACCUGUUGAUGUAACAAAUGGGUGUUGUGUUGCUUGAUAAAUAAAUGUAUUGUUUGUCUA